CGUGAUAAGGUUAGGAUUCGGCUCUAGAAGCCUUCGAAGUCAGCCCUUGGACCAGCCGAGCGGGUCAGGCCCGACAUCAAAGCGUUGCCUCGAGCCGCCUCCCUCGAGGCGAGCGCGCGCGCAAAGGAACAGCACCCGCAAAAGCACUCGAGAAGGAGAACACUAAGAACACUUCCCCCUCCCCCCUUCCGGUCCCAAUAUGCGACCGACAGGAUCAGCAAUGCAAGCACGCCAUGACGCAGCGCCACGAGCAUCCUCAGACUCUGACAUCCCUGUCCACAAGGCCCACAAAAACGCUUGACAUGUCGUCCGAAAUGCGACGAGACGCGUCCAGAACAGUCACCAGAUAUGGCCGACUGCAGUUAGCACCGGGUCCUAUCCGUUAUUAGAUCUUUCCAUAUUAACUCCUGCCUGCCAUCCAUGUGCCUGUUCCCUGGGACCAGGAACGGGACACGGCUCCGACAUGGAGAGCCCAUUCAGCCAGAUCCGCGCUGACCCUGACCGAGUAAUCGUUGCAUCACUUGUAUCACAUACUUGGACUUCUUGGUGGCAGAUUUGAUUUUGCAUUUACUCAAACCUGUACACAAGAGAGUGUGUCUGAUAAACCUGAAGCCGGCCUUCCCCACACUUCACAUGGUGCCUAUCAUACACCCAUGUGGCUGAUGAACUCUGGUAUGUGACGCUUUCGGACCGAA